AUGACGACUAAAACCAUCCAUGGGAACUCGCAAUUCCAGAAGCCCUCCUCUCUACGUUGGACGUGGGAGUCACCCGGUGGAGGGUACCGUAAUGAAAUAGACCAUAUUAUUGUCAAUAAAAGGUUUUGUCUGACGGACGUCGCUGUUGUACCAAAGUUCAAUACGGGAUCGGACCAUCGCCUCCUUCGAGGAAGAUUUUCCUUCACAAGGAGAGCAGAGAAAGCCGCCAAGUUCAGAGGGAGAAAUCCCAGAACUAUCAUCAACUGGGAUCUCUUCGCUACGUUAGCCGGCUUUUGGGAAGAUUCCGCAAUGGACAACAUCGACGAGGAAUAUGACCGGCUCGUUGAACACCUUCACGACUGUGCGAAGAAGGCUGAGAGUUUUAAAACGACCAAGAGACGCCUGUCUCUUGAAACUCUUGAGCUGAUACGCCAGCGUGGAGCAGCACGAGCCGCAGGGAACCAAGAACUCACGUCCGAGCUCGCAAGGCUUUGCAGAGAGGCGAUAAAGGAAGACCUUAAAGAGAGGAGAGCAGAAGUGCUGGCUGAAGCUGCAGAGGCGGGGAAAAGCAUCCGCCAUGCCCGUCGAGACUUCGUCAGUCGCAAGACGAGGAUGACUGCUCUCCGGAACCCAAACGGAACAGCCAUUGCAUCGAGAAGGGGGAUGGAGAAAAUCAUCUACGACUUCUACUCUGAUCUCUUCGACAGCCAUGUCCAUUUGUCUCCUCACCAUCUGAGGGAAGAUGGACAAGUCAUUCCAGAGGUUCUCCCGUCCGAAAUACGACAUGCUACCAUGUCGAGCCUUCCGCCAGUACUCAUCAACACCCUGGCGAGGCUCUUUACACGUUAUCUGUCGGAAUGCAGGGUUCCUAAACAGUGGAAGACCAGCAAGACCGUGUUGUUGUAUAAAAAGGGAGAUCCACAUGACAUCGGCAACUAUCGUCCAAUCUGCCUACUGUCCGUCAUCUACAAGCUCUUUACAAGAGUGAUCCUUAAUAGGAUUGAAAAAGUCCUGGAUGAAGGACAGCCAUGCGAGCAAGCAGGGUUUCGAAAAGGAUUCAGCACGAUUGACCACAUUUACACUGUUUCGAAACUCAUCGAGGUAUCACGAGAGUACAAGAUGCCGCUCUGUCUCACUUUCAUCGACUUGAAGAAGGCCUUUGACUCAGUUGAGACGGAAGCGGUCGUGGAAGCCUUGGACAACCAAGGCGUCCCUACUCAGUACAUGAAGGUACUUCGAGAGUUGUACAGUAACUUCACGACCGGAAUUUUGCCAUUCUACAAGAACAUCAUCAUUGACGUGAAGAGGGGGGUCCGACAGGGUGAUACAAUUUCACCCAAAAUAUUCACAGCCACCCUCGAGAACGCAAUGCGAAAGUUGGAACGGGACAACAUGGGAGUGAAGGUUGAUGGUCGGCAGCUACACCAUUUGCGCUAUGCUGAUGACAUCGUACUGAUGUCACCUAGCAUCAGCCAAGCGGAACGAAUGCUGACCGAAUUCGACGAAACAUGUGGAUGCAUCGGUCUUCAGCUGAAUUUACAAAAGACGAUGUUCAUGCGGAACGGAUGGGUCUUGGAUGCCCCAUUCACGCUCAACGGAACGAACAUAUCCGAAUGCACCAGCUACGUUUAUCUGGGUUGGGAACUAAACAUGAUGAACGACCUGAUCCCCGAGCUGGGCAGGAGGAGACGAGCGGCUUCGUACAAGAGCAUAGAGGAUGUAGUGAAGAAGACCAGGAACAUCCGGCUCCGUGCUCACCUCUUCAACACCACCGUACUUCCUGCUUUGACCUAUGCUCCGGAAACCUGGGCAUUUCGCAAGCAGGAAGAAAACGCGGUGAGCGUCAUUGAACGCGCAAUUGAGAGAGUGAUGCUAGGAGUAUCUCGUUUCACGCAAGUGAGGGACGGGAUUCGAAGUUCUCUCCUACGCGAUCGAAGAUUAGAGACGCCGCCGCAUUUGCCAAGAAAAGUAAAAAAAAGGUGGGCCGGACACGUGAUGCGCUUUAAUGACAACCGUUGGACCAGAGCCGUGAGCGACUGGGUUCCCCGCGAUAUUAAGCGCACUACAGGAAGACCGCCGACCCGAUGGUCAGAUUUCUUCACGAAGUCCUUCAAAGAAAAAUAUGAUGCUAUUCGUGUCCCACGCGAAAGGAGGAACCACUGGGCUACUCUGGCACGCGAUCGGAACAAAUGGAAGAAUUACUGGCGCCCGCUCGACCAGUUCGAAGAUCAACGGGAGUCAAGGUAA